GGAACUACCGACCAACAACCUACGCGCCCAAACGUGUGAAAAGGUUCUAGCUGUCGUCUAUCAACUCGGGUCGUCCUCUUUCACGAUAAGAACACUUCCUCUAAUACAAUGCCCUCGCCUACUGUUUUCCCUUUGAUCUUCUCCUUUCUGCCUCUUUAUUUCUUUCUAACUACUUUAGCCACUUCCUGUCUUUCCACUUUCCUUUUCGCAAAAUUAAAUCCGGAGCCUUUCAGAGACAGGGAGGGCUGGGGAGGCUUGAGCUGAGUUGCAAUGAGCUGUAGCUGCUUUGGUAUAUCAAAUUGGUUUAAAGGAAAUAAUCAUAAUGAUACUCCGGGACAAGCAAACACACAAGUGAUUGCCACCGACAAUGUAAAUCUCUUCUCGUAUAAUUCGCUGAGAUCAGCAACAAGGAAUUUUCAUCCAUCAAAUAGAAUCGGUGGAGGUGGUUUCGGAGUCGUUUAUAAGGGAGUUUUAAGAGAUGGUACUUCUGUGGCCAUCAAGUGUCUUUCUGCAGAAUCUAAACAAGGAACAGAUGAGUUUGUGACGGAGAUUAGAAUGAUAUCAACCAUAAAGCACCCAAACCUUGUUGAACUAGUUGGCUGCUGUGUUGAGGAAAAUAAUCGAAUAUUGGUAUAUGAAUAUAUGGAAAACAACAGCAUUUCUACCGCUUUACUUGGUUCACAAGGAAAACAUGUUGCUAUGGACUGGCCUACAAGAGCUGCUAUUUGCAUAGGUACAGCGAGUGGUCUUGCAUUUCUUCAUGAGGAAGCCAAUCCACAUAUCGUCCAUAGGGACAUUAAGGCCAGUAAUGUUCUUCUGGAUGGAAACUUAAGGCCUAGAAUAGGAGAUUUUGGGUUGGCAAAAUUAUUUCCAGACAAUGUUACACAUCUUAGUACUCGAGUGGCAGGAACAAUGGGAUAUCUCGCCCCAGAGUAUGCCCUCUUAGGACAACUUACAAAGAAGGCCGACGUAUACAGUUUCGGGGUGCUCAUACUUGAAAUAAUUAGUGGGAGAAGUAGCAGCAAGGCAGCAUUUGGGGAGGAUAUGCUGGUUUUAGUUGAAUGGACAUGGAAGCUAUGGAAAGAAGAGAGACUUCUGGACAUUGUCGAUCCAGAAAUGACUGGAUAUCCAGAAAAUGAGGUGAUACGCUUCAUGAAGGUCGCACUUUUCUGUACCCAAGCAGUUGCAAACCAAAGACCCAACAUGAAGCAAGUAUUGAAGAUGCUCUCCAAAGAUGUAAAUCUUAACGAGAAAGCACUUACAGAGCCAGGGAUAUACAAAGCUCAAACCUCUAAGGGCUUUGGUGGUGGUAGUUCAGAUGAGACGUCAUCUUCUCAUAAAAACAAAGGCAAGCAAUCACUAAACACUUCUGUAAACUCGGCCAUCUUAGGUAGUGCUGACAGUAUGACCCAGAUGCUUCCCAGGUGAUGGCUGACCAGCUGUUUUAUCCACCCUGUUGUACCUUCUACUAGAUCAUCUUGACUAGUGUUAUCAGCUCCUAGGUACGUAGCCCUGUAGAAGCUUACAGUGGAGUGGGAAUUUCUUGAAGAGGAAACAAGGGGUGUUUGUGUCUGUCCACUGUAACACAUGUAGAUAUAACUGAUCGAUUUAUCUAUUCAUCUGAUAUAAAUAUGUUGCAUCAAUUGUAUAAUUCCUUAUC